AUGGCCCCCAAACACCAGUCCUCACUCCCACCUCUACUGAAGAAACCGAAACUGCCUCCAGGCCCCAAGCCAGAGAAGAAGCCGACCCCUCAGGACAUGCCAAAGGGAGAAAAAGAACAGCAAGAAGCGAUUGAACAUAUUGAUGAAGCACAAAAUGAAAUAGACAGACUUAAUGAACAAGCCAGUAAGGAGAUUUUGAAAGUAGAACAGAAAUAUAACAAACUCCACCAACCAUUUUUUCAGAAGAGGUCAGAAUUGAUCACCAAAAUCCCAAAUUUUUGGGUAACAACAUUUGUCAACCAUCCACAAGUGUCUACACUGCUUGGGGAAGAGGAUGAAGAGGCACUGCAUUAUUUGACAAGAGUUGAAGUGACAGAAUUUGAAGAUAUUAAAUCAGGUUACAGAAUAGAUUUUUAUUUUGAUGAAAAUCCUCACUUCAAAAAUAAAGUUCUCUCCAAAGAGUUUCAUCUGAAUGAGAGUGGUGAUCCAUCUUCAAAGUCCACUGAAAUCAAAUGGAAAUCUGGAAAGGAUUUGACGAAACGUUCAAGUCAAACACAGAAUAAAGCCAGCAGGAAGAGACAGCAUGAGGAACCAGAGAGCUUCUUGACCUGGUUUACUGACCAUUCUGAUGCAGGUGCAGAUGAGUUAGGAGAAGUCAUCAAAGAUGACAUUUGGCCAAAUCCAUUACAGUACUACUUGGUUCCUGACAUGGAUGAUGAAGAAGGGGAAGGAGGAGAAGAUGAUGAUGAUGAAGAAGAAGAGGAAGGGUUGUAAGAUAUUGAUGAAGAGG